AUUAUAUCACUAAAAAUGGAUCACAUGCAGGAAGUACGGCAGCUGGAGUUGCUAUGCAAGCAGUUGUAUGAAUCACAAGAUUCUGCGCAUCGUGUAGAGGCUGAAAAAGCACUUGUUGCUUUUCAAAAUGCUCCAGAUACGCUUACAAAGUGCCAGCUCUUACUUGAUCGAGGAGAUUCUGCAUAUGCUCAGUUAUUGGCAGCCACUACUUUGACAAAAUUAGCUUCCCGUUCAGCAGGACUUAGUUUACAACAAAGGCUUGACAUAAGAAAUUAUAUUCUCAAUUAUUUAGCAACUCAACCAAAGUUACCAAACUUUGUAAUACAAGCUCUAGUUACACUAUUUGCCAGAAUAUCAAAGUUUGGUUGGUUUGAUAUUGAUAAAGAUGAAUAUGUUUUUAGAAAUGUGGUUAGUGAUGUAACAAAGUUUCUUCAGGGAUCAGUAGAACACUGUAUGAUAGGAGUCCAAUUACUUUCUCAAUUAACAUGUGAAAUGAAUCAAGUAUCGGAUGCAGAUGCAAACAGAUCUAUUACAAAACAUAGAAAAAUUGCCAGUCAUUUCAGAGAUACACAACUCUUUGAAAUAUUUAGGUUAUCUUGUACUUUAUUAAGUACAGCUCGAGAAAAUUGUAAAAUUAAUUUUAAUGAUGAAGCACAGCAUGGUUUAAUAAGACAACUUUUAAAACUAGCACAAAACUGUUUGACAUUUGACUUCAUUGGAACAUCAACAGAUGAAAGUUCUGAUGACCUUAGUACAGUACAAAUCCCAACUUGCUGGAGACCUGCAUUUUUGGAUUUUACAUCUCUGAAACUUUUCUUUGAUUUAUAUCACAGUUUACCUAAUACACUAUCAUCUUUGGCUCUUUCAUGUUUGGUCCAAAUAGCAUCUGUUAGAAGAAGUUUAUUUUCAAACCCAGAAAGAGCACAAUUUUUAACACAUUUAGUUAGUGGUAUAAAACACAUACUACAAAAUCCUCAAGGUCUAAGUGAUCCCGAAAAUUAUCAUGAAUUUUGUAGACUGUUAUCAAGACUGAAAAGCAAUUUUCAACUUGGAGAAUUGGUUUUAGUCAAAGAUUAUCCAGAAGCUAUACAAUUAAUUGCAAAAUUUACAAUCCAGAGUUUACAAAUGUGGCAAUUUGCACCAAAUAGUUUACAUUAUCUUUUAACUUUAUGGCAAAGAAUGGUAUCAUCUAUGCCUUAUGUAAAAGCAGGAGAUCCACAUUUAUUAAAUACAUAUACUCCAGAAAUUGUAAAUGCAUAUAUUACUUCAAGACUUGAAUCAGUUGCAAUAGUAGUUAGAGAGGGUUUGGAAGAUCCACUUGAUGAUUUAGGAAUAGUUCAUCAACAGUUAGAACAAAUAUCUGUAAUUGUAAGGUGUGAAUAUCAAAAAACGUGUACUUUGUUAGUACAACUUUUUGAUCAAGCUGCUAGAACAUACCAAGAAUUAAUGACACAAACAGCAUCCCCAACACAACGAAUGGAUAUUACUAUACAAGAAGGUCAACUUACUUGGCUUGUAUAUAUUAUAGGUGGUGUUAUUGGAGGAAAAAUAACUUUUAAUAGUAAUGAAGAAUAUGAUGCAAUGGAUGGCGAGCUCGUAUGUAGAGUACUUCAAUUGAUGAAUUUGACUGAUUCAAGACUUGCACAAGGUGGCUGUGAAAAAUUGGAGUUAGCAAUGUUGAGUUUCUUUGAACAAUUUCGUAAAAUAUAUGUAGGUGAUCAAGUUCAAAAAAAUUCUAAAGUGUAUAGAAGAUUGUCAGAUGUUUUGGGAGUUAAUGAUGAAUCCAUGGUACUUGGUAUUCUUAUCCGGAAAAUAAUAACAAAUCUUAAAUAUUGGGGUCGUAGUGAACAAAUUAUUUCCAAAACAUUACAAUUAUUAAAUGACUUAUCUGUAGGAUAUAGUUGUGUCCGUAAACUUGUAAAAUUAGAAGAAGUACAAUUUAUGCUCAAUAAUCAUACAAGAGAGCAUUUUCCAUUUUUGGGAAAUAAUGUUGCUGUAACAGAAAUGCGAUGUAGAUCAAUGUUCUAUACAUCUUUGGGUAGAUUAUUAAUGGUAGAUCUAGGAGAAGAUGAAGAAAGGUUUCAUACAUUUAUGUUACCAUUAACAAGUGCAUUUGAAAGUUUAGGACAAUUAAUUGGUCCUGCUGAUCCUUCACUUUUUGCAGCAGAAGAAGCAAAAAAAGCACUGAUUGGUUUAGCAAGAGAUUUAAGAGGUUUAGCUUAUGCAUUCAAUACAAAAACAUCUUAUAUGAUGCUCUUUGAUUGGAUUUAUCCUAAUUAUACACCAAUUUUAUUACAUGCUGUGGAAUUGUGGCAUUAUGAACCACAGGUUACUACACCCGUCCUAAAAUUAUUUGCAGAAUUAGUACAAAAUAGAAGUCAACGAUUACAGUUUGAUGCAUCUUCUCCAAAUGGAAUUUUAUUAUUUCGUGAAGCUAGUAAAGUAAUAUGUAGUUAUGGUAAUCGUAUAUUAAACGUUGAAGUUCCAAAGGAUCAAAUAUAUCCCUUAAAACUUAAAGGGAUAAGUAUAUGCUUCAGUAUGUUAAAAGCAGCUUUGUGUGGAAGUUACGUAAAUUUUGGAGUAUUCAGAUUAUAUGGCGAUGAAGCAUUAGAUAAUGCGCUUAAUACAUUUGUAAAAUUACUUCUUAGUAUACCACAAAGUGAUUUAUUGGAUUAUCCAAAAUUAUCUACAACAUAUUUUGUGUUACUUGAAUGUUUGGCUCAAGAUCACAUGGUGUUCCUUUCAACAUUAGAACCCAGAGUAUUCUUGUAUAUUUUAUCAAGCAUCAGUGAAGGCCUUACAGCACUAGAUACAAUGGUCUGUACUGGUUGUUGCGCAACACUUGAUCAUAUUGUGACUUAUUUGUUUAAACAAUUAUAUCAAAAAGGAGGAUAUCCAGGAAGGAAAAAUACUGUAGUUCCAGGAGGUGGAGAUUUAUUCUUACAAGUUUUGAAACAACAUCCUGAAAUUCUUCAGCAAAUGUUAAGUACUGUUUUAAAUGUGAUAAUGUUUGAAGAUUGUAGAAAUCAAUGGAGUAUGUCACGUCCUCUGUUGGGAUUAAUUCUUUUAAAUGAAGAAUAUUUUAAUCAAUUACGAGAAAAUAUUAUUAGAAGUCAACCAGUUGAUAAACAAGCAACAAUGGCACAGUGGUUUGAAAAUUUAAUGGAAGGAAUCGAAAGAAAUUUACUCACAAAAAAUAGAGAUAGGUUUACACAAAAUUUGUCACUGUUUAGAAGAGAUAUAAAUGACACUUUAAAAGGACCUAAUACAACUGCAAAUCCUAUUGGUGAUAUGAUGACCUUGACCUUCAAUUAGAUUUUCCUAGGUUCUUGCCUGCCAAAUGCUUGAAUGUGUGCGCGAGUGAACUAUAAAUUAUGGUGGAUUUAAAAUUAUGAUUUUAGAUGAGUAUAAAGAUAAUAAAUUAAAUAUUGCUGUUUUAUAGAAAAUUAUUGUUUGGCUUCCUAUUCUUUUGUAACUUUAACAAUUCGUUUUUUAAAUUUGUUAAAGUACAUAUACGUGAUAUUUCAAAAUUUAGAAUAUUUAAAUCUAUAUAUAUGUAUAUUUCUUAUUUUAUAAUUAUACAUAUAUAGUGUAUUUAUAAAACUAAGUUUUAUACAUUUCAUUCUAAAUUUGUAAACAAGAAAGACCAAAUCCUUUUUAUUACCUUUAUACUCCUAUUACUUUGAUUUAAUAUCAUAUUGGUAAAUAUCAUAUUUGAUAAAUAUUCCUGCACAUAUAUUAAGUACAAAGAGUGAUUUGCAAUAAAUAUAUUAAAUUUCAUAAAUCAACAAUUAUUGCAUUAAGAAAUUUUGUAUGGAUAAAUAAUUGAUUUUAUUUCAAUUGUCUUUUGCAAAUAUUUACGAUAUCAAUUGUUAUCAAUUAAAAUUAUUACAAUAUUUUUAUGCUAACAUUAAAAUAUGUAUUUCAGAUAUGAAUGACUUGUUUCACACUAUAUUUUAGUAAAAGUUUGAAUUCAAAUAUUAAGAAUCAUCAUUUUACAUAUAUUAUUCAUUAUAUCUGCGUCUUAUUUUAAAUAAAUAAUAAAUUAUCAUCUUGAUUAUAUUAAAUAAUAUUUUAAAGAUACAGUUUAGAAUAGGAAGCCAAUUAUAUAAUAAUCCAUUAUCGUAGAUCUUGUUCUAUAUUAUUUUUACACGCAACCGACUUCCACAUUUAAACAUAUUCAUUAACAUUUUUUUUACAUAUAAUUAUUCUAAGAAUGUUUUAAUAAAUUAACAAGAAA